CAGAGCUUUUUCCAUAAUUUUCUAAAGGUUGCCGUAAUCGCUGGUCAUGUAAAAUGUGUGUUUUUUAUCAUCGUAAACCAAUUUCACCCUAGUGGCAGUUCGUGAGCAAUAGGCAGCGAAAGAUAAUUCGUGUCGUUGUCGUCGUCGUCGUACCACAAAACUGUACGAGGUUGGUGUGCAGGAAGUUCGUGUUCGGGACAGAACUUGCUCGGUUUGCUAGAAAAGUGUGUGUCUUUUUUCUCCUUUGUGUGAAACUGUGCGUGUUGGCUGUGGUUGAAGGAGCCAUUGCGAAGGGAGAAGGUCGUUUAUAGUUCUACGCCAACCGUAACCGUGGCUUUGCAUGGUGUGAAAAGCGGAAAUACGCGAUGACUAUCAAACCCGUGGUCAAUCAGAAAAGUGCUAAAGAGGAAACGCAGGAGGGCACGCCUCAGAACGUCCAUGGUGUUGGCAGUGCGGGCGUUCGUACGUCGCAUCGUAAUGUAGUGCUUAAUCAGCUGUCGUCAUCGGAAUCACAAGCGCUGCCAAGGGAAAAACGGGUGCUAACACCACACAGCUUCGACAAUGACAGUGUUGUACGUCAUCGUAGGAGCCCACACAAAAACCUUGGGCGCCUAAAGCGUGAUCAUUACCACAAACGGGAAAGUCGCGAACGGGACAAACCUGCCGGUUCGCCAAGCUACCAUCAUCAUGUCGUGCUGCAACCGUCGGCCAGUAGCAAAAAACAGACCACCACUUGCACGAGUGCUCUGGCCAGUGCUGCGGUCGGUGGCCGUUCGCCGAAAAGCACACACCAAUCGUCCGGUGCGGGUGGAUCGCUGUUGAGCACACACCAGAAUGUGGCGGGCAGCCCAGGAGCGUCCGGAGUUGAUCUCAAUGCCGUACUGGAGGAUGUACGUUCCGGGUACAACAGUGGCGAUGAGUACUUGGAACCGAAGGACGCACAGUUGACGGUAGAUGAAUGGAAGAAGCGUGAUGAAGCGUUCGCGAAGGUCUUGUCCGAGCGGGGCUUCAUACUGCACGAGAUGGAAGAGGAUGGUGCAUGUCUGUUUCGUGCCAUAUCGCUCCAGAUAUACGGUGAUCAGGAUAUGCACGAAGUGAUUCGACAGCAAACGAUGGAUUACAUUUAUAAAAAUCGCGAGUAUUUCGCGCAAUUCGUUACGGAGGAUAUCGCCGAUUAUGUCGAACGAAAGCGCGUCAACCAUGUGCACGGCAAUCACAUAGAAAUUCAAGCAAUGUCCGAAAUGUAUAAUCGUUCUGUGGAGUUGUAUUGUUAUCAAACUGAACCAACCAAUAUUUUCAACUCGGAUCAAAUCAACAACGGCAACGAACCGUUCCGGUUGUCGUAUCAGCGCAGCUCGCACUAUAACGCGAUCGUUAACCCGUACAAAGCAUCCGUUGGCGUUGGGCUCGGAUUGGCCGGGUACCGACCGGACGAGCUCGACAUCAAGGACGUGGCCGAUGCUGUACGCAUGAGCGAGGAGCUGGAAAUCGAAAAGACGAUGCUGGAGGACAAGCUCAAAACUACCGACUGGGAGGCAACAAACGACGAGAUCGCGGAACAGAUCGCGCGCGAAUCGUACGCCCAGUACUGCCGGGAAAGUCGACUCGGUGCCGGAGGUGGAUCGAGCCAGAACAAAAGCACCAGCAGUACGAUCACCUCCAAGGAGAUGAUGGCGGCCUGUGCUAGUGGAUCGCAAGCGGCUUCCUCGUUUCUGCUCGAGCUACGCAAAUCACCGGCCGCUACUCAUGGCAACCACCAGUCCGUGUCGGGGCAUGCGAGUGACCGGGGCGCUUGUUCGUCCAGUUCGAAAAACAGUUCGUUCGAGCUGGACUGCUGUUCUUCACCGUCGUCCUCCCAGCAGCAAUACUAUUACGGUUCUAGCACGAACAGUACAACCGGCGGUAACAGCACAACCUGCAGUAGUGAAUGCAAUCGACGGAAAAAGCGUAAUCUUAACUCACCAAUCGAAAAAACGAACACCGCAGAAACGAAAAAGUGUAAAGCAAACAGCAAUCGUGCGUCCAGCACUUCGAACAGUCCCCGUCGUUCGGAAAGUCCCACUGAAGGUAAGUCACCGGCUCCUUCUCCACCGAGCACAUCGAGAACAACGCCCCCGGCUAGGGAUAGUGGCGAGGAGGAAAGUGGUGGCAGUGGUGGCACGAGCAGUAUGUUUGGAACUCUGCGACCGCAGCUUCCACUGCGCGACGAAACACCAAUGUCCGAGUUUUAUCAGUCCCUGCUCGAAUCUUCCUACACUGAUGAUGGUAGCUUUGGACAGCUGUCGGAAAGGGAAAUGAUACAGAAGGCGCUCGAGGAAUCAGCAAUGGAUUUUGUGAAACGAUGCGACGAUUCCAAAGCGUUCCAAGAAGAUAAAUAUGGCACAACGGAUGAAGAGUACGAUUCACCAUCACCGUAAGCAGUGCCGGGAGCGACCCUAACACGUGAUCGUUUACACAUUUAUGCACAUACGUACAGCAGGGAUAAACACACAUACACAGAGUGAAAGGGCGAUAGUGCGAGAAACACACGCCCGUACACAAAAACACAGAAACAGAAUAGUGUUUAAUAUAUCUAGCUUGUAACUUUUAUCUAAUAUUUCUGUGGUACAGCUAUACAAAUUAUUAUAUUAAUUUACUUCGUUUCUGCGUUGCAUUCGUACACAUGUGUGAGAAUGAGUGUGGGGUGUUUUAUUUUUUGUUCGUUUUAUUUUAUUUUUUUGUUUUUUGUUUUGUGACUUGCAUAACGGUUAAGAAGUUCUUCUACGUUUUAUGUUUUGCUUUCCGUUUUUUAUUGGAAUUGCAACUAUUCUAGCUAACACGUGCUCGUACACACACGCAAAACCACAAGCGGGUUCGUACUGGUGACGGACUUCAUGCAAAAAAGGUAUUCUGACACGCGCCACAAAGCACAUCAGAUGGGAACAGAAAGUGGCAAAAAGUAUGACGAAAAAUAUGGAAAAUUAUAGAUAUUAAAAGGGGGAAAGCACAAUCGUUUGCACAUCUAGCGCGUAAUUUAUUGUGUGCGUAAGUUAAGUAUCAUGUAAAAAUUUCCCGCGUGAACAAGCGUGUGCGCAUUUCGUGGCGAUUGCGUCAAUUGGCAUCGUUUACAAACAUUUUUGUACAAAGUAGAGGUAUUGUGACUGAGCGUAUUUCGUCCCCCGGUUUUGGAAAGACCCGGGGAUGAAGACACACAUGCACUGAAUCGAAACGUUAUUUGGUGUAGUGUGCAUCACCAUUUCAUCGUGAACAAGUGUUUUUUUACCGACGAAACGCGAAUUUUAACGUGUACCGGUGGAUGUUUUGCUUGCUUACAUUAGAAUUAGAUUUGUUUAAUGAGUGCGUGUGUUUGGGGUUCGCAAUCACGCGUCUGUCUCAUCUUACGCCUAAUCACACAACAGACACUCAUACACACACUUUGGUUGGCGCGUGGUAAGAGUACCAAUAAACAUGAUUACAAUUUGCAAAAUUUCUCUCUAUGCCCUAAGCCGA